GGGGCGGUGCGGAAGCGGUAAAACGAUGGAGCUCGGCGGCUGCCUGGAGGGCGGGACAGAGGCGGCGGGGGAAGAGGGCGAGCCCGCGGUGAAGAAGCGGCGACUUCUGUGUUUGGAGUUUGCCUCGGUCGCGAACUGCGAUUCCGCUGUGGCUCAGUGCUACCUGGCCGAGAACGACUGGGAGAUGGAAAGGGCACUGAACUCCUACUUCGAGCCUCCGGUGGAGGAGAGCGCCUUGGAACGCCGUCCUGAAACCACCGCCGAGCCCAGGAUCUAUGUUGACCUAACCAAUGAAGAAACAACGGAUUCUACCAGUUCUAAAAUCAGCCCAUCUGAAGAUACUCAACAAGAAAAUGGCAGCAUGUUCUCUCUCAUGACCUGGAAUGUUGAUGGAUUAGAUCUAAACAAUCUGGCAGAGAGGGCUCGAGGGGUGUGUUCCUAUUUAGUUUUGUACAGCCCAGAUGUGGUCUUCCUACAGGAAGUUAUUCCCCCAUAUUGUAGCUACCUAAAGAAGAGAGCAAAAAAUUAUGAGAUUAUUACAGGUCAUGAAGAAGGAUAUUUCACAGCUAUAAUGUUGAAGAAAUCAAGAGUGAAAUUAAAAAGCCAAGAGAUUAUUCCUUUUCCAAGUACCAACAUGAUGAGAAACCUUUUGUGUGUGCAUGUGAAUGUGUCAGGAAAUGAGCUUUGUCUUAUGACAUCCCAUUUGGAGAGCACCAAAGGGCAUGCUAAGGAACGAAUGAAUCAGUUAAAAAUAGUUUUAAAGAAAAUGCAAGAGGCUCCAGAGUCAGCAACAGUUAUAUUUGCAGGAGAUACAAAUCUAAGGGAUCAAGAGGUUACCAAAUGUGGUGGUUUACCCAGCAACAUCGUGGAUGUCUGGGAGUUGUUGGGCAAACCUAAACAUUGCCAGUAUACAUGGGAUACACAGAUGAACUCUAAUCUUGGAAUAACUGCUGCUUGUAAGCUUCGUUUUGACCGAAUAUUUUUCAGAGCAGCAGCAGAAGAGGGACACAUUAUUCCCCGAAGUUUGGACCUUCUUGGAUUGGAAAAACUGGACUGUGGUAGAUUUCCUAGUGAUCACUGGGGUCUUCUGUGCAACUUAGAUAUAAUACUGUAAAAUGCUUUUCAAAUGUGAUUUUUGCAGAUACAGUUCCACCUUCUGGAAAGGUAGGUUUACUGUGGAGGAAAUAAUGUACUAGAUCAUUGUCGUAGAACAACCAACUAUGAUUUGUGUUUGUGUUUUCAGAAUUCAACGUUAAAGAUUAAUGUUUAUUUAAAUGAAUGCAUUCCUGUGUUCAGGAUGUGAGGUCAUUUAAUAAAUAAGAGCACAGAGCCUGUUAGAAUUUUUAACAGUGCUUGUAGCUGCCAGCUAGAUUCCAAACAAGGACCACAUUGUCUCUGGGCUAAUGUUGAUAUUUUUCCAUCCAGGCACUGACAUUGUUAAUAUUUAAAAUACGUCUUCAAAAGAAAACAUAAGGUAUUAUUGA